AUGUCUGUUUUCGGCCAGAAGGAUGGAAGCAAACUGGGAGAAGGGGGCAGGAAGCUGAGGGAGCCCGAGCAGAGCCGCUAUACUGCGGGAACGAUCCCUCAGCACUACAAAACCCUCCGCUUCACGCCAACAGCACAGAAAAUAUGCCAUUUUACAGCUUUUUCGUCAAUAACAAUCAUCAUUAGGCGUACAAAACGCGAAACACAGCCCGCCGGGACGGGGCAGAGCCGCCGCGUCCACCCGCCACCGGCCGCUGCCCGGCUCGAGCCCGCAGGUACGGCCGAGGCCUCGCUUACCCCGUCAGCGACUCCCGUCCGCUCGCACCGCCAGGCCGCACGGCAGGAGGCGGCCGGCCCCGCCGCCCCGGUACCGCGGCGACCCCGGCGGGCCCGGCCAGGCCCGGCCCCGCUCCCUUCACCGGCCGCCGCCGCCCCCCGCCCGGCGCAGGCGCGCGCUCGCCGCCCGCCGUCCACGUCGCCAACGCCGCCCGUCGCGCGUGCGCAGGGCCCGGCGGCGGCUGAGGGGGCGGCGCCGCGGGGCACGGCGGGAAGGGUAGUCCGGCGGCGGGAGGGACGGACAGCCGCCAUCCGCGCCUCGGCCACCAGCGCCGGCGUCACCCUGCGGGAGAGACCUCCCCACUGCGGGAGGCUUCUCUCGGUAACCAGCGGCGUGUUCAGGCUGCGGCCCCGCUGUCACGGCCUCCCCCGGCCUUCCCCCUCCCGCCUUUUCAGUCAGCGGGAGCUGAGCCUCGGCAAAGACUGUUCUUUCAGCAAUAAUGUUCUGCAUUGUACAGAAAUCAAGAAGGAAAGACUCCAAGGACUGAACCUUAACAGCACGCCAAAUAACUCCCGGAAGGCUGGAGCGCGAUUGCUACGUUUGGCCAUCCUAAAGAUUUUUAGCCCCAGGCCCUGUGGAACGGCAGAGUAUCAAUUCCCGCUUGCUUCAAACCUCGUUUGACGGGAUCUGAAGACAGAGAGGCAUCUUCAAUUGAGACUACGUGAAUGAGGUAAUCCAUUAAAGCCUUUCAAAAAGCCCAUUCCUAUAUUAUCUCCACCAGAACUGAAUUUUUUUGGGAAGAUUUCGUGGAUUUGUCCCUUGGCCGAGGGACCACCCUGGCCUGGCUGUGCCAGGUGAUGGAUGGGGUCGAGGUUCCAGCCCCAAAAAACAGGUCGUACCUUCGCCGGGGGCAAAAACCAGUCAAGAAAAUUAAUAUAUUAAUAGAAUUAAAUAUCGUUCAGGGCUGUCUUCUGUGGUUUGGGGAUGUGCUGUUGGCCGAUUAACAAGCAAUUCAUUGUUAAGGGGAAAAAAACCUCAACAAAACACCACAAAAAUCCCCCAAACGAACAAAAUAAAGCAAAAUGGUCCGAGUUUUAACAGCAAGUUUAUCUCUUUGUGAUACGAGCUUUUUUGUUUAUGGGUUGGGUUUGGCUUGGCAGGGCGGCGGUGGGGCCGAGCGCUCCCCGGCCCACCUGCCCCGGCCACAUUCCCCUCGGUACCGACGUGAAGGCCGGAGCGCAAAAACCUUCCGAAUCGAUACAUUUUCCCUCAGAAACGCGCGGAAACCGAAGAGCUCCACAGCGCGGCCCGAGCCGCCGCGUUUCGGGAACGGCCCCUGGUUAACGGAGCCGCGGAGACGGGGGCGAGCGGCCGGGCGGGCCCCGGGCAGGCCGAACGCGAAGGGAACCCCCGGGGAGCAGCCCCCCG